AUGUCGGGUGAUACCGAUAAAGCAAAAAUCAGUGAUAAUCAGGAUGAAGACAAGAAGUCUAGUGCAGGCGACGGCCACACAACGGAGGAUGAAUCCUCACAGGACUCCAAGGGUGAGUCCAUGACUCAGUCAGGGGCCCAAGGUAAAGCAGAUGUAGAUCAACAAAAUAACACGGAGCAGAGUGAAUCAGGGGACGCGAAGUCAGCAACUGCUAACGGCAAGGAUGAUGACGCGGCUGGUGACGAUUCCAAAGGCGAGAAGCGGGACGCAAAAAGCGAGGUAGAUCUAAAGGAAGAAAAUGGUGAAACCCAUGACGAUAAUGAAAAAGAAGAUGUCAAGGUGAAUGAUAAGCCCGUUAAGAAAUUAGCGCCUAAGAAAAAACCCAAGAAAGAGGACACAGAGGAAGAGGAUGAAGAUGAAGAGGAAGAGGAGGAGGAAGAUGAGGAGGGAGACGAAGUUGACGAGGAGGAGGAAAAGAAACCACCUAAGCAAAAAAUGAAGAAACCAGCAAAGAAGCCUAAAGAGGGGGAUGACGAAGGUGAUGACGACGACGGUGAUGAAGAAGCUGAAGAGGAAGAGGAGGAGGAGGAAGAAGAAGAGGAGGAGGCGCCCAAACCUAAACCAAAAAAAGAGCCAACGGAGCCGCCCGUACCUCUUCCGGCUGGAAAGGGCACGCCCCUCGGACAUAUCAGUAACGUCGAAGUAUCAUUGUCGCGCUUUAAGACGCAAGAUCAGAAAUUACUUCAUCAAUAUUUGUAUGGGCAAUUAUGCUUGGACCGCAACGUUAAACGCAACAUCAAAAAGUUCAAAGGUUAUGAGUGGGCCAUUGGAUCUACGGAGUAUAAGGCUAAAUUGGAGGAAACUACAAAAAUGGAGUCCAAACAGCUCCGCACUAUGUGUGAAAUGCUUGAUUUGGACAAGAAAGGUUCCGCGUCUGAGCUGGCGGCGCGGCUGGUGGGGUUCCUGCAGCAGCCGGGCGCCAACUCGCCGCACGCGCGCGGCUCGGCGCGGCCCGCGCCCGCCGCGCCCGCAGCCGCCACGCCCGGCGGCCGCCCGCGCCGCUCCGCCGCCGUCAAGGUGCACAACCGAGGCUAUUCUGAUGAAGAGUAUGAGACUGAUCCUGAAACAAAAGUUAAAGGCCCCAAACCCACAAAAGAUGGAUCAGAAGAUUCAGAUGGGUCGUUCAACCCGAGCGGGUCGGAGGCGGACUCGGACUUCGACCCCGAGGCGGGCGAGGGCGGCGGCGCGGGCGCGCGCAAGCGCAAGGCGGGCGCGCGCCGCCGCUCGGCGCCGCGCCCCGGCAAGCGCGGCCGCAAGCCCAAGCCCAAGCGCGGCCGGGGUGCAAGUAAGCCAAGCCGCGGCAAAAAAGCAAAGUCGGAAAGUGACGAUGAGAGCGAUAAAUCUGAAAGUGAAAGUGGGGGAGAGUCCGGAAGUGACGCAGAGGAGUCUGAUCAGGAGCCAAAAGGAAAGCGAGGACGGCCAUCGGCGGUCGUAAAAGGUCGCAAGGGACCCGUUGCGAAGAAUUCCACCGCUAAAGCGACGCCGGUGAAGAGAAAAGCACCCACGCCGCCAGCUAAAAAGAAGGCUCCCGGAAAGCCAGUAGGACGGCCGGCAAAGAAGGGCAAAAAAGCAUCUUCAGAAGAGGAGUCGGGAGAAGGUAGUGAAGAGGAGGAAGAGGAAGGAGGUAGUGACGAGGAGGAGGAAGAGGAGAGCGGCGACGAAUCCGACACACCCGCGGAUAAGAAGGCUAAAAGACCACCCACUGACGAGGAGAUUAAAAAGUAUGUGAAGCAGAUACUUGAGGGAGCUAACCUGGAGCAGAUCACAAUGAAAACAGUGUGCAAACAGGUUUACAGUCACUACCCUGACUUCGACCUCGCGCACAAGAAGGACUUCAUUAAGGCCACAGUCAAGUCGUGUAUUUAA